UCCAGCCUGCAGCAGCUCCUCCUCUCAGGAUUAUCGCCUCCUCUCUGCAGCUUCUUUUUUCUUCCGAGGAGAAAACAACCUUCUACUACUUCUACUACUUAUAUAAUAUAUUAUAAUACUAUAAUAUUAUAAUAUCACGAUGCGUCUGAUCCAGAACAUGUCCACCAUCUCGGAGUACGCAGCGCCGCAGUGCUCGGUGCCCAACCGGGUGAUCAAGAUCGCGGUGAUCGGCGGCAGCGGGGUCGGGAAGACCGCCCUGGUCGUGCGCUUCCUCACCAGGAGGUUCAUCGGGGACUAUGAGAGAAACGCCGGUAACCUCUACUCCAGAGAAGUCCAGGUGGACACGGAGCAGGUGACCAUCCAGGUCCAGGACACUCCUGGUGUGGAGAUGACCGAUAACAGCAUCAACCUCCCGGACCACGUGACCGGCUCCAUCCGCUGGGCGGACGCGGUGGUGCUGGUCUACUCCGCCACCGACCGCCGCAGCCUGGACCUGAUCCAGCAGCUGCACCAGCAGGUGUUGCGCACCGGGGGCGCCGCGGCGCCGCCCGUCAUCCUGCUGGCCAACAAGGCCGACCUGCUGCACCUGCGCGGCGUGGAGCCGGCGCAGGGCGCCGCGUUGGCGGCGGCGCUGGGCUGCUCCUUCUACGAGGUGUCGGCCAGCGAGGACUACAGCCAGGUGCACCGGGCCUUCCACCGGCUGUGCUGCCAGCUCGCCAAGCCGCGGCGGGCGGCGCUGGCGCCCACGACGGCGGCCGCGACGCCGCCGCCCGUCGCGGAGAAGCGGCGCUCGUCCCUCAUCCUCAUCCCGCGGCCCAAGUCGCCCAACAUGCAGGACCUGAAGCGGCGCUUCAAGCAGGCGCUGUCGGCCAAAGUCAGGAUCGCCACCUCGGUGUGAGGGGGCGGGGCUUAAGAUGAACGCAAACCAAACCGCGGCCCCACGGCGGGCCGGAAGAAGAAAAAGCCCAAAGAGGCGGGAAGAGAUUCACCGCUUCUACGCGCUGAAGACCCUCAGAGGUCAAAGGGGGCGGAGCUUCAGCAAGGCAACGUCACUCGGGACGGGGCGGCGCCGCGCGGCGAGACGACGAAGGCGCCGCCGCCGUGAGCGACUCAGACCAGGACGGUUCUGGUGGGUCGGACCCAGCACGGCGCCGCGAGGUGCUGCUGUGGUCCUGAUGCUGGACUCUGGAGGCGGGCUCAGUGCAGCCCUGUGUGUGUGUGUGUGUGUGUGUGUGUGUGUGUCUUAUUCACGCACUUUAUGAUCCAAAAAGCCUUUUUGUUCAUAUUUUUGUGUUCACAAUAAAAUAAAUGAUGACUUGAA